AUGGUGGAGCUUGCUGUAGGUGAUCUGUAUGAUCAAGUUGCAAAUACACAGAACGGGGUUCGGAUUCAUCCUGAAUCGUUCUACGAGUGCAAGUAUUGUCCAAUGUUUCAGGUAGAACACCUUGAGCAAGAUCAUGUCGAUGUCCUUGCUGACGAUGUGGUGUGUGAUUUCUCCGAUCCAAGGUAUCUUCUCACUACCUUCCAGGAAAAGCAGUUACCGAGGACCAUAUCGGAAAGUUCAGAGGUUACCGUUGUCACGGACUCGGAUGUUGACGAUGGGACCACUAUUGACCUAGAUGCGAAAUCUCGAAGGUUACAGAGCGAUGGUGACAACGACGCUGAGCUGAAUUCGUCCAGUAAUGGUGAAUCAAGCCAUAAGUUUUUACAGACUGCGGGCUUAGUAAUGGAUGAAGUUAACCCUAACGUAAGCAAUGAAUCCACGUGCGAGAGACGUGAAGCCAAGUACUCAGUCGCAGCAAAUGAGUGUUUGGAUGUCGAAGAGAUAGAAAUUCGUAACAAAGCUGGAUCUCAGGAUCAGGAACGGACUCACAUUGACAGAGAAUCUGAAAAUGGGAUUAGGGUUAUUAAUGCGAAUCAGGUAGUCGCUGAUACAAGAUCAACUAUAAUUUCUGAUCAAGAAAAGCGGUGUGGGGAACUUCCGCUUCGCCGGCAAAUGCCUGGUGUUAGUAUGAUAAGUUGUCUGGUAUGUCAGUGGUCGCCAUCUGUAAUAAGCGACUCGAUGCGAAUGCGUGAGGAAAUAGCUACGCACGUCCGUUUCCAUAUCCGUGAAGAAUCAGAAAAACUUCCAAACAAAUUGAACAGUUUUUUCGCUGUUGGUUUUUGGGACCAGCGGAUGCUUAGUUGUAUGGUUUUCAGUUUAGAAGAAUAUUUUGAGAAGGACCAUUUAUCAGAUCUUAGUGGAACUAUAAACUCUCAAAUAAUGGAGAGAGUGUAUGGUGAGUUGCUCGCCAAGUUAUUUGGGAUAUGUGUUCCACUCGUUUACCGGAUUUUACAUGGUAAUCAUGGAAAUCCUUUUCGCCCACCAGAGGCAUCAAGUAAGAGAAGGAAAAGUAUUAGGUUUCCAAGGUCAAAUGGAGGCAGAGAAAACCAAGAAGCGGUUGCCAUAGCAAAAAUUGGGCGUAGUUAUGAAAGGAAUUUCUCGACCAGCACGGAUGUUACGGAUAGUAGUGAUGCGGAUAGUAGUAUACAAGAGUGUGCGAACCUACUUGUUGCUGGUACUUUUGAAUCCGAUCAGCAUAUUCAAUGCGCUCGUGCCGAAUGUGGCCACUCCUUGCUAGCGCUUGCAGACCGUAUGGCGAUUGUUCGUCAUGUAGCUGCUCAUAUACGUCAUGAUGAAACACGACUUCUGAACAGAACGGGAACCUCUUCCGUAGUGGCCUGUGAUUGCGGAAUGGCGGUUGGCUCUGCUAUGGGGUAUAUCUACCACAUAGUUCAUGAUCACGUAUUCGAGCAGAAGCAGUUUUCCGAUAUUUCUGCCACAAUAGUCUCAUAUAUCAUGCUUAUAGUAGAGACAGCAGUCGAAUCUGUGCUUUCCCUUCGCGUCGAUUUCCGCGCUACUAAAUGGCCGCUAUGGUGUGCGUAUUUCAGCCUAGAAAACGAUGAAGGUGACGAGAAUUUUUUUGCUGACAGCACUGGCUUGAACGAACAUUGGUUGAAGCUUUGGGAAGAUUUAAUUGACGAGCAUAUAACGGGCAAGAGUAUGUCACUUGGCGAUACAAUUAAGCUAUUUGAAAUGCACCCGUUUGUGGACGAGCAACGCUUGCAGUCAAGAAAGCACAAGUCUGUCUCGCUUAUGAAUUCGAAAACCCUUUAUCGCUCACUAUCUAUGGUUUGGCGGCGACUUGAUAACUGGGCCUAUGAUCCGGUUCAUCGUACACAGCUUGCAAACGACACAAUUCACCCACAUAAUGUUGGUCACGCAGUUCUUCCUACAUCGGUGGAGAACGAUUCGUUGAACCUUGUGAAUCCAGUCGGUCAUCCUGUAUCAACAAAUACUGGGUGUCCUAAUUCGUCGUCUUCUGGUCUCGUUGUUAUUCCAUCUUCAACCAACGAAAGUGAUUGCCAGAACCACUGUGCUUUGCAUGCAGCAAUGGAAGGUCGCAUGCUGUGUUCGCUUUAUAUUCAUAGAGCAGCUGAUAGACCACUAAUUUGCCCGUUUUGUCACUGUGAGGUGAAUGUGUAUAAACCGAUGGAAUUUCUGCACCAUCUUCAAGCAAAGCAUAUGGACAAAGCUCGUAUUAUAUAUGAUCGUUACCUCUUCCACUAUUUUCCGCAACAAAAGAUAUUUGGUGACCACUGUUCAACACCAUCUAAGGCAAAAGACGGUUCAGUGUGCAAUAGUGACUUCCUCGUUUGCUGCCAGCGGUCAAGCAGUUGUGGCGUUAACCCGGAAUGUGUCGUUGUAUUACCGCACGACAAAACCAUUGCUUCAUCAGAUGUUGAUAUUGCAAUUGUGAAACAUAUUUUAUGGCACGUUCGCAACGAUUCAUUCUUGGAGUUGGAGCUACGAGAACGAGAAUUGCUAACUCGAGCUUUGAUGAUCCGUUUAACAUCGUCACAUACGCGGCAAGUGCUAUUGAUGGCGAAAAAGAUCGCAAAACAAUUUGAUAGGGAAAAAGAGGAAGACGUCGUUAAGUACUUGAAGGAGAAAAUCGACGAGAUUGGUUGGAUUCUCUUUGGUACAAAUAAAGGAUUCAUGGUGUUUACUCGUCGUUUCGUGCGGGAUCAAUGUGGUAUGCAGAUAUAUCCACCGUGUGUUUGCCGCAUUUGUGUUGACAAGGAAUUGCCACGCUUUUCGAGUGAUCGUAGGAAACGAGCGUUUGUCGCAUACGCACAUCCUGUUGUUGUCCACAUUUUGGAACACCUCGGUUCUGGUGAACUGUCAGAGAAAAUCAAAUCAGCAACGGAUUCUAUGCGGUGGAAGAAUGCUUGCAAAAUAGAUGGGUUGUUUUUCAAAAGUCCUUCGCUGGCAAUUAAACACGUUUUGGACGCGCAUAAUGACCUUGUUGAGCUAAGUGCUUUGGAUAUGGUCUUAGAAGAUAAUGGGCUGUUCGAGAUUUUUCGCGAUGCGUUGUCAGUAGUCUUCGGUGACCAAGCGUGGCAAUUAGAGGAAUGUGAAGCACUUGGGUUUAAAGGUUACGAGAUGAAACAGUGUCCUAAGGCGAAUUUUUUGAACGAUGAGUCAAAUGAAGUGGAGAGCAGUUCCUAUUUGCCAGCAAAUUUCUUGACUAUUAGCGAUCCUCUCUUGCACAGGAGGAAAACGGAGCCGAAGAGGAAGAAAAAGACAGCUAGGCGAAUAAAACAAAAGCCGUUGAUGGAAAUAAAACGUGAACACGAUGGAGCAAUUCUUACUAGGAGAAAUGCCGCCCUUCCGCUUAAGAAUGUCAUUCAAGGAUCAAAGACAGUGGCAGCGGCACUUGUAGCCGCUUUGGGUACUGCAAGCACUAGCACUGAUGCUUCUAUCCAACCCCGAAAUCCCAUUGCAGAAACACAAGAUGGUUACAUCUCGGACUCAAGGGAUGAAGAGGAAUCCGAUCUCGCAUUAGGCAACAUUUCUAAGAGACCUCGUCUGCUGGUAGGUGGAGAUGGUAGAGUCGACAGUGGUGGUGAUAUGUCUUCUCAAGCACAUUUGUCAAAGCGUCGUAUUCGAGUUUCAUCGGGCCUUAGCAAAGCAGUGUCACCCAAGAUGCCAGUGAAGAAAUGA